UAUUAUUUGAUGUCUCUAGGAAUUAUCAACUUCAAAAGAUGUAUCAUUCUUUUCUUUGAAAGCCGGUCCAUCUAAAAUUCUUUGGUUACAAGCCAGUCCCCAACAACACCCACGCCCCCAUCUCGAAACAUGAAAAAUAUAACUUUAUUAUGCGUUUCUUGUGAGGUUUCCCAUGCUUGUUGAAGCAUCCAAUCUCUCUUUUUUAAAAACACAAAUUUUCCCACAUUUCUUUCGAGUACUCGAAAAGCCUUGCAUAAAUGGCCAUGGAAGAGACGGUUGACUCAGAGAAAAACCCAGAAAAUGAUGAGCAAUCACCAAGGUGUGUGUUGGAAAUACCCGUGUUGGGAUCAGACUAUGAUACCAGCAGCUGCAGCAGCAAUUCCAGUUCGUUUUCUCCAAAAAUAAAAGGGAAUAAAGAUUCUUGUGGUUCGCAAUGGAAGAAUUUGAUUGGAAAUAUUAAGAAGAAAUCAGCCAGAAGUUUCUCUCUUGUUCCUUUGCUGGCAAGUUAUGAUAUCUCCAGGAAGAACUUAAGGAGGUUGAAACUGGGAAAAUUUAAUGCCUCCGAGGAAGAAACUGUUGGUGCUAUUGAUUUCAUGGAAGUUCCUAAACCAUCUUGGAAGAGCUUUAGCUUCUACGAGCUUGAUUCUGCUACUGACAAUUUCAACCCUGAGAAUUUGCUCGGAAAAGGGGGGCAUGCGGAAGUGUACAAAGGACAAUUAUCCGAUGGUCGAAUUGUAGCGGUGAAGAAGCUAGUGAAGAACGAGAAAGAAGCGGAGGAUAGAGCCAAUGAUUUCUUGUCGGAACUUGGGAUUAUUGCUCACAUUGAUCACCCGAAUGCGGCUCGCUUAAUCGGAUUCAGCAUCGAUGGAGGCUUGCACUUGGUCCUUCAGUUUUCACCUCAUGGAAGCCUUUCUUCAGUUCUUUUUGGUUCACCUGAGCACCUAGACUGGAAGACGAGGUUUAAGGUAGCCACCGGUAUCGCAGAUGGAUUGAAAUACCUCCACCAUGAUUGCCAGAGGCGUAUCAUACACCGAGACAUUAAAGCCUCCAACAUACUGCUUACCGAGGAUUUCGAAGCUCAGAUAUCAGAUUUCGGUCUGGCGAAGUGGCUCCCGGAAAACUGGCCUCACCGUGUCGUCCAUCCCAUUGAAGGAACGUUCGGGUAUUUAGCUCCGGAGUAUUUCAUGCAUGGGAUUGUUGAUGAGAAGAUCGAUAUAUUCGCAUUCGGAGUUCUGUUGCUGGAGAUACUAACAGGUCGACUUGCGGUCGAUUCAGCUAGACAAAGCCUUGUGAUCUGGGCAAAACCGCUCCUGGAACGAAACAAAGUAAAGGAACUGGUAGAUCCUAAACUGGGAGACGAUUACGACCCAGCCGAAAUGAAACGCGCGAUGUUAACAGCUUCCAUGUGCAUUAAUCACACAGCCAACAUGCGUCCAAGCAUGAUGAGGGUUGUGAAGCUGCUGAAGAACGAGGAGAGUCCCGUAGAGCGCGACUGGAAAUCUCACGGUGAGAAAACAGUGAUUGGGGACUGCUUUGAUCUGCAAGAUUAUAGUCGAACCAGCUACCUAAAUGACUUGAAUCGUCAUAUGCAACUGGUUAUGGAGUAAUGCUUGUAGUUUAAAAAUUUGAACCAAAUAUAGUAUGGACCUGCAGGGGUGGGUGUAGUUGAUCAAAAAAUCUAUGUCGAAAUACUUCUGGAAGUGCUUUU